AUGUCAUCCGAAAAGGACCUCAAAGAGUUUCCCGACGUCGCCGCCAAGCUCCAGAAACCGAGCAAGCAAUCCGCCUUUGACAAGCAGAAAGCUGACGCCGAAGCCAAACGACAACGCGAAGCUGCCGAGACCGAAGCGGUGUACAAAGACUUUAUCAAGUCAUUCAAUCGCGAUGAGGGAGACGAUCAUAACGUAUCUGGAGGCAGGGACAGGGACGCGCGCUCGUUUGGGGCGCUUCCAGGACGCGGUGGCGGUGGCGCGCCCAAGCGACAUUUCGGAGCCUCGGGCUUGAAGAGCGGGCCGGGCAGCCUGGGUCCUCCUCCAGGAGGAUUUGGCAAGAAGCUCUCAUUUCAGGACUUUGCGCGAGGCACGAGGAAGGCGUUCGCUGGUAGCGACGAGGAUGACGAGGACGAGAGGGCAGAGGAGAAGGCUAUUGCGCGACCGACGCUGCGCCUGACCAACCUACCACCGGGAACGUCGCCUUCCGUGAUAAAGGCGCUCGUACAGGGCCACCUCACGGUCGAGGAUGUGAAGAUCCAGUCAUCGAGCGGACACGGAAGCCUUGAACGGAAGAGCGCGGCCGCCAUCGUGACGUUGUCGCAAGAUACACCUGGAGUACAGAUUGAGGCCACCGUCAGCGCACUGCAGAAUCGCUACUUGGGAUAUGGCCAUUAUCUGUCCUUGCAUCGGCAUCUGUCAUCGGCAGUGGCCGGGGUUGCUGGCAGUGGUGCGACGGCUACCUCCAAUGCUGAUAGCCGACCGUUUGGUGCGAAGCACGUCGAGCAACCCGCGAGCGCGCACGACACGAGACCACAAGCUGGCUUCCAAAGGGGCUUUGCACCACCCACAAGCUACAACCAGCCAAUGGGUGGCGUCAGUCGAGCAGGGCUACUGCAUGUCCCUGUCAAGCCCCCAAACGACGUCCGGACGUUGCAGCUCAUCAACCUGGUGAUAGAGCGAGUGCUCGAACAUGGGCCGGAAUACGAGGCACUACUCAUGUCACGUCCCGAGGUUCAGAGAGAGGAGCGAUGGGCAUGGCUUUGGGAUGCGAGAAGUGCCGGUGGGGUAUGGUAUCGAUGGCGCUUAUGGGAGGUGAUCACGGAUGCCAAGAACGGGCGCUCUCAAGGUCGCUUUGUCCCCCUUUUUGAAGGAGGGCAUGCAUGGAAGACACCCGAGAGGCGACUGCCAUUCGAGUACACGACUCGGCUGGAUGAGUUUGUAUCAGACUCGGAUUACAGCUCUGAUGAUGAGGAAGACACGGACGGCGAAGGGAAGGAAGCAGAGCAGACAUUCCUGAACCCGCUGGAGAAGGCUAAGCUCACGCACCUCCUGGCGCGGCUACCCACCAGUCUCACAAGGCUUCGGAAAGGCGACAUUGCCCGGGUCGCAGCGUUCGCGCUCAUGCACGCCAGUCGUGGUUGCGACGAAGUGGUGGACAUGAUCGUCAGCAACAUUGAAAAGCCAUUCGCUCUGACCGCCGCGAAUCCACACCGUCCGGCCGACAACAGAGAGAAAGCCGACGAAACCGGGCCCGGCGAGGUCACAGACAACAGUGCUGCCAACCUCAUUGGCCUCUACGUUGUGAGCGACAUUCUAUCGGCCUCUUCUACGAGCGGCGUGCGCCACGCCUGGCGCUUCCGACAGCUCUUCGAGGCUGCCCUACGGGAUAGGAACGUCUUUGAGCGGCUGGGGUGCAUGGCAGAAAAGUACGGCUGGGGCCGUAUGCGCGCGGACAAGUGGCAGCGCAGUGUGAACCUGGUGUUGAAUCUCUGGGAAGGUGCUUGCAUGUUCCCUGUGGAAAGCCAGGAGAUGUUUGUCAAGACCUUUGCGAAGCCGCCGAGUCUACAAGUGGUGGAGGAAAAGAUGGAAGACGACGAGAUGGAGAAGAAGGGCAAGUGGAAGACCGUCCAGAUAUCGUCAGAGAACGCGCGAGUCACAGACGAUCAUGGCGCCAGAAGAUCGAUGCCGGCAGACGACGACAUCGCUGGCGAGCCUAUCGAAGACGAUGAUGUCGCGGGCGAGCCCAUGGACGAAGAUGACAUUGCGGGCGAACCUAUCGAUGAAGACGAUGUGGAAGGUGAGCCGAUUCUAGACGAAGAUGUCGAGGGCGAGCCAACAGGGGAGGACGAGGUGGUGGGUGGCCAUCAGCCGCCGCAGGAGCAGCCCACGGGUGAGAAGGGUGUCCGCAAGAAGCCCAGGAUGCGGGCAGUGGACAUGUUUGCCGACUCGGACGGGUCUGGAGGCGAAAAGCCCUGA